AUGGAUAUUCACCGUUGCCGCUUUGUGCCUUACCCUCCCUCGGCCAUCAAUGCCGUCGCCUUCUCGCACUCCUACGUUCCCGGCAAGAAGUCUUCGGCGCCAAUCCGUUUGGCGAUCGGUCGAGCCAAUGGCGAUAUUGAAAUUUGGAACCCCCUCAACGGUCAAUGGCACCAGGAGGCUAUACUCCACGGCGGCAAGGACAGAAGUAUAGACGGCCUGGUCUGGGUCAACGAGCCUGACCAAGUCCUGCAAGAUGGCAACACUCUCGUCGGCCGCUCGAGGCUAUUCAGCAUUGGAUACACCAGCACCGUGACCGAGUGGGAUCUCGAGAAGAGGCGACCCAAGAAGCAGGCCAGCGGUAUGCAUGGAGACAUAUGGUGUCUGGGCGUGCAGCCGUUCGAAAACCCCAGCAAGAAGGGCCAGCCGACCAAGAUUGCCCAGACGGGAAAGAGGCUCGUGGCCGGCACAAUAGACGGCAGUCUCGCCCUCUACUCCAUCGACGACGGCGAACUACGCUUCGACCGCAUCCUCGUACGGUCUCCUUCCAAAAAGACGAAAAUGGUCAGCAUCGCAUUCCAGAACCGCAACAUUGCCGUGGUCGGAUGCUCCAACAGCGCGGUCCAGAUCUACGACAUGCGAAAUGGCAAUUUGUUGCGCAAAAUGACCCUCGGAUCAGACCUUUCCGGAGGAAAUAAGGAGAUUAUAGUCUGGUCCGUAAAGUGCUUGAGCGAUGGCGACAUUGUCUCGGGCGACUCUACCGGGCACGUCUGCAUUUGGGAUGGAAAAACCUACUCUCAGGCACAGCGACUUCAGGGCCAUAAGCAGGACGUUCUGUCUCUCGCUGUCAGCGCGGAUGGGUCUACCAUCAUCAGCGGAGGAAUGGACAAGAGAACAAUUCUCUACAGAAAGACUACUGGUUCUAUUUCAAGGUGGGGCAAGGUUUGGCACAGAAGAUACCACAGUCAUGAUGUCAAGACCAUGGCUUCACACGAAGGCCCUGGAAUCAGCGUCAUUGUGACCGGAGGACCUGAUGCGCAGCCAAUCGUGCUUCCCCUGCGAGAAGCCGGAAUGGAGAACCACAGGAGUUUGUCCAACCUUCCCCAGAACGUCCCUCUUGCCAGUGCUUCGCGUGCCCGCCUCAUAGUCGGCUGGUGGGAGCGUGAGGUGCACAUUUGGCGCCUGCAAAAACCACUGAAGGAGAUAGUGGAUCUCGCUGAAGUUGAUACCGCGGUUACCAAGAACCGCAAGCUUCUCGCCAGAAUCCUUAUCAAAGGCGAGGCAAAUAUCACAUCCGCCACAAUCAGCAACGAUGGUUCACUUCUCCUUGUCUCGACGGCAUCAGACAUCAAGGCCUUCCACCUCAAGCCUCGAAGCGAGUCUCGUAGCGAUGAGCUCAAAAUCUCCAAGGUCGAUAUUCCGGCAGCAGUUGCUCAGCAUGGAGCCACCAAUCUCAAAAUAUCCCCCAAUGGAAAAUGGGUUUGCCUAGUGCAAGAGGGAAGUAAGACUUUACUCCUUCAGCUGGCUAAGGACCCGGAAGACGAAUACAGACCUCUGGUACAAUCUAAGCCAGUCAGAUUAAAUCGACUGAAGCGCGACAUUCCAAAGCACAUCGCCCUCGGAGGCCUGGGUCCCUACGAUAGGAGCAUCUCGCAAAUUGCCUUCUCUCCUGACACCAAAAUGGUCGCCGUCGCCGACAUGGCUGGCUACAUUGAUACUUGGCUGCUGCAGGACCCGACACAAAUCGCCGACAAACAGAACGACUCCGACAAUGACAGCUCCGACAGCGAGGAUGAUGGCGAGACAGAUCCCACCAGUGCCCGCUGGGUUCGCAACCCUAACAGCGCACUCGUGCCGAAACUGAGAUGUGCACCCACUGUGCUUUCCUUUUCGGAGCAUAUACCGACUGACCGUACCGUCUCGGUCAAUGGAGACGCUGAUGCCAUUGACGACUAUGUGCUCCUUACUAUCAACGCGAGGUCCGAUGUAUUAACUCUACACCCCCGGAUUGGAUGCAUCACACCUUGGUCCAAGCGAAACCCUGUGGCGCGAUUCCCUGUCGAGUUCCGCAACAUUCGCGAUCUGGUCAAGGGCGUUCUUUGGGCUGGAGAUCGUGCAUGGCUUUAUGGCAACAGCUUUCUUGCCAUGAUCGACAUGACCAAGGACAUUGCCGAGGAGAUUACGAAUCCAUCUUCAGCACUGGUACCUUUGGAAGGAACCCCGUCGAGGCCAAAGAAGCGCAAGCGAGGAGCCGAUACCGGUGCCGGAAACAAGAUGGCGAAGGGCGCUAUUGGUCCCACCAAGAUUGAGAGACAUUUGGAAGGCGAGGUGGAAGAGCUCGAUCUGGAUGGACCCGAUGCCAUGGACACGGAUGCCACCAGCGCGCCGGAUGAUGACAGCGACAGCGACGACUCGGAAGAAGAGCUCCAGGGUGAGCUUGUUUCCAGACGUAGGGCAGAAGGCAAGAAAGGUCCGGACGCGCUGCCAAGUCAGGGAACUGGUUUCUGGCAUACCCUCAAGUACCGACCCAUUUUCGGCAUUGUGCCUCUAGAGUCCGCGGAGGAGGGAUCGUCGACAGACGACGUUGUGAAACCGUAUGCAAAUGGUCAAGUGCGCAAGACCCUCGAGGUUGCACUGGUAGAAAGGCCGUUGUUUGAGACGGACAUGCCAGACAGGUACUUUGCUGAUGGCGAGCAUGAGAGGUAG